GUGUUCAAAUGGCCAAUCGGCUAAUGCUCUUGUGAGUUCAUCUUGAGUGUUUGAGAGAGAUCAAUGCAAGGCUUUGCACCACAAGAGUUUCUGGGAAAUGGGCAAAAAGGUGCAUCCACAACAAAACAAUAAUGAUCUCAGUCAGUAUAUCAUUUACACUAAAACAAAGUAAGAUAUUGUUUUUUAAAAAAGUAAAUCAACAGUUGCUAUAAAAUCCUACUACUACUACUUCUAUCAACACACACACAAACAAUUCGAUUAACUAAUAACAAUGGCUUUCUCAUUUUAUUUCCUUCUGUUCACCAAUCUUUUCUUCUCCAAUAUUAUUACUCCCUCCAUAGCCAAACCACCAGUCUUCAAACCCCAAGCUGUGCUUAUCCCAGUAAUCAAAGAUGCUUCCACCAAACAAUACAUAGCAAAAAUAAACCAAAGAACACCUCUAGUCCCACUCAAACUCACCAUAGAUCUCGGAGGUGAUAUCCUUAUGAUCAGCUGCCAAAAGGGCUAUGUCUCUUCAACCUACAAGCCAUCAAGAUGCGGCUCUGCGACGUGCAAUCGCGCUGGCCAAAUCUCGACGAGCUGUAAUGAUUGUGUAAAGGGACCAAAACCAGGCUGCAACAACAACACCUGCAGUGUCUCCCCUUACAACCCUUUCACCCUUAGAAGCACUGGUGGUGAAUUAGCACAAGACAUCAUAGCAAUCCAUUCCACAAAUGGACACAAUGUAGGGACUAAGGUAUUCAUCCAAAACAUUGUUUUCUGCUGUGGCAACACCUAUAAUGUUGUUGACUUGUCUCCUGACUAUUUCAUUGGAGUAAAGUCGAUCAAGAUCAACAACAAGGCUCUUAAGUUAAACACAACGUUGUUUUCCAUUAGUGCAAAAGAUGGAACAGGUGGAACAAAGAUUAGUACUUCUCAGCCUUAUACAACAUUGGAAACUUCCAUAUACAAAGCUGUUGUUGGUGAAUUUAGCAAAGCAUUGGCUGAAGUUCCAAGAGUGAAGGCUGUGGCGCCAUUCAGCCUUUGUUUUAACUCGACAAGCAUCGGUAUCACCCGAACAGGGCCUGCAGUCCCUCAGAUUGAUUUGGUGUUGCAGAACAACAAUGUGUGGACAAUUUUUGGUGCCAACUCGAUGGUUAAGGUUAGAAAUGGUGUGUUGUGUCUUGGAUUUGUUGAUGGUGGUAAACUUUACUUCCAAGAUUUUGAUAUUCCAUACUCUCCCACUGCUAUUAUAAUUGGAGGACAUCAAAUUGAGGACAAUCUUCUUGAGUUUGAUUUAGUUGCUUCAAGGCUUGGUUUCACCUCAUCUCUUCUUUUUAGCCAAACAUCUUGUUCAUUUAAAUUUAACUUUACUUCUAAUAAUGCUUAUGUUGAGUAAGUACUUUUGAAUCAAGCCUCAUUGGUUAUAGUUUUCAUAAUCUGAAAUUUGGUCCAUUAAAUUUUCUUUUUCUCCACUACACUUGACUUUCUAGUCUCUAGUUUUAUAAGAUGGAACUACUAUCUUGUUUUA